AUGGCCGCCUCACGCUCAGAGGUUAGUCCCCUUGGGUUUGCCGAAGAAGACUUUGCCGCGAAGAACUAUGAUCAGUUCGAGCAAUGCAACUUACAAAAUGACAAUCUCUUCCCUAUCGACAAAUUCGAUAUACUUCGAUCACGCACACCCGCAGCACCUAGGGCAUACAAGCUCAUCGAGCCGGCACUUCUGCUUAUCUCUCGAAUAAUUCUUGAUCGUCCCUCCACUCUCGGCUUUGCUCGACGGCGAGAUACAGGUGCCCAAGACGUGUUCGUUGAUAGGGAGGCAGAGCUUUGCCUCCCAGACGAAGAGAUUAUUGACCUAGUUAAAAAGCAUAUCCCAGAUCUUGAACUGGAUCCCGACAUGAGUGCAAACUUCUCAUCAUAUGGAGAAACAAUCCUUCGCCCUGAAUUACCCUCGGAUAUGAAAAUGGCAGGGCUUCUAUUACUCGCUACAUCGCUAGGCCAUCAGAUGGCCCAUAUUUUGGAAUUCCGCUGUAUCCGUGCCUGCAAACUCCGCACUGAAGAUGAACCUUUUGAAAUACCACCUGGCAUUAUAUGCCGUGAGGCCGGCACGGCCUGGGAGCUGAAAUCCUUUGGUCGCCGAAUUUAUCCAGUCUGCCAGCCUGACGGUAGUCUGUACAACAUUCAAGGCUUAUGUCUUGAGAUUGCAUCUUGUAAUUUUGACGUGAUGAAGAUGAACGACGAUUGGAUAUUGAAGCUCUUUACCGAAGAGCAUUGGAAGCAGGAGCAGCCGUUGAAAGCUCCUAUUGACGUAUUUGCUCGGUUUGCAUUUUUGGAGGAUGAUCUUCUGGAGGACCAGGUUAGCGCCUCAAUCAGAAGACAGACCCGGAUGCUAGAUGAUGUGCAGGUUGAAACAGACAGCCUGAGCAAGAAGAGAAGGGCCCGUAGAUUUCCUGUUCUUACGAACAUUUGCGGGGGCAAAAAGUCGAGCCCAAGCUUGUGA